AGAGAGGUGUUGUGAAAGGUCGAGAUCUUUUAUUAAUAAUAAAUGGAAAGAAAAAGAAAUGAAAUUAAGAUAAGAAAAAAAGGUCAACGUAGGAUAAGGAAGAAGCGAAGAAAAAAAAAAUUUUGUGUUCGCCGGAAGUCCAAGUCCCAUCAUAGUUUGUUGCUACGUCACUGUUAGGCCCCCGUGACACACAUCAAUGGUAGCGAAACUAACGGUACAAGCGACGAUGACCUACUCCUCGUCUUGCUCGACUCUCCUCCCUUUUCUUCUUCUUCUUCUUCUUUAAAUACCUCUUUCUCUCUCUCUCUCUCUCUCUCUCUCUCUCUCUCUCUCUCUCUCUCUCUCUCUCUCUCUCUCUCUUUCACAAGGAGGAUUCAUGAGUACAGAAGAGUCGAUCCGAUCCUCGUCCUCGAGAGGGGCGAUCUUUUUCCAAGUGAACGUUCACGUUGCAUGGGCGGUGGGUGACGAGAGAACGAGGAGGAGACUCGAGGUGAUCAGAGUGCAGCUAGUGAGAUGUCAAGGAAAUGGUGGUGGUGGUCCAAGUACUUUCGGAUACGACGCAUCAUCAGCGUGCAGCAAACCAUAUUCGCGUGCCGGACGUACAAUUGCAUUCGCAAUCGUUAAUCUUCCAUGUGACUUUCGCCGGCAGAGCUGGUGCACAAUCGCUGGUAGCUCCUAUCCCUGGCACGCCGUACGUCGUUUUGUACAAGAAAAUCAAGGUCUGAUGAGACGUAUGUAUGGCGAUGAAAAAUAUAUAAACGUUUUGAAGGCAGAAUUUGAGAAAAACGACAUAGAAUUAAAGUAUGAUGAUUACUAUCAUCAUUUUUCCGAUGACUCUAGGGGAUAUCAAUACGAGGACGAGUUUGAUUCGAUAGAAGACGAAGAGAGGAUUCUAAGAGUCGAUGACGAAGAAUAUGGGGGUCGUAGUUUCACUAGUAGAUCCUUUAACGAUCCUACAACUAAGAGAUUUGGUAAAUUUCCAAAAUUGAACGAAUACACCAGAUUGAGAGCGACCGACGAUUCCUCUACUAGUACAACAACAAUGGUAACUUCUUCAGCGACGAGUACAACAACGUCAUCGACUACGAUAGUGUCUUCCAUGGGAUCUUCGACUACGCCGGUAACCUCGACUAUGGUUGCCUCAACAACAGCUUCAUCAUCUAGCGUUGAUGUUACUACAAAAGAGAUCGAUAGUACACAAUCCUCGGCUUCAACGACACUUAAAAGAGUGGACAACGAAGUCGAAGCGAAGAACGAAACAGUUAUACACACGCAGAUUGUUCGCGAGCAGAAUUUAAGCAUCAACGAGAUAUCCGGACAAGUUGAUAGAAUAGAUGAGAAGAUUGAUGAAAAAGUUGAAGACAAGUUAGAAGAGCCAACGGAACAAACGGAAGUACCAGAAUUGGACAUCGAGGAUGAUUCGAAUAUUGAGAGUUUGGAUGCGCCAACUUCGUCAACAGUUUUCACUAAAGAUUCCUUCGACGUAGGCAAAGAAACGACUAUUCACGAGACCUUUGUCAGUGACGAUCAACAGAAAUUCAGACCGCGUCCAGAAUAUAGACCGUCGACGAGACCAGCAACGGUAAAUAUGGAAGGUCAGCUUUAUCAAGACGUUGCCGCGAAGGAUCAACAACAGGAACAACCUGUUUUGAAACUCCGUGGAGUAAAUGCCUGUCCUGUAAAAGAAGAAGUGGUAGCACCAUUUUGGGCUAAUAAUACUAGAGGCGAGGUACUUGCUCUGCUUAAUCUUUAUCCUUUUGAACAAUACGUCCAUUGGGAGAAGUGCACACACGAAAACAAGCAGAUGUACUGUAGGGAUGGAUGCAGAUGUGAACAGCAGUAUAGACUUCAUAGACUCUUAGCUUAUGAUCCCAAUAACGAGUGUCGUGGCAUAUUCAGCGAUUGGUUCAAGUUUCCAAGUUGUUGUGUUUGUCGCUGUUACGACUUGCCUCUUGAAUUUCGGGUUACGUCGCGAUCGCCUCGCACUCAAAAACAAAGGCUCAGGGUCCAGCCACCUCGUUCUAGAUUCUCCUAAUAUUAGAUGACAGAAAAUAUGCAUAGUGAAUCACCGAAAAAGGUACACAACGAAAUUUAGGUACUGUAUAUUGUUUCACUUCAAGACCAAUUAUUACAACAAAUUAAACGUAAAAGACUGUUUUAAUAAGAAAAAUAAGAAAAAGUGAAGCAAUUUGUUUUGUUAGUUCAAUUGAUGACGCACCUUGUAUAUAUAUAUAUAUAUAUAUAUAUAUAUAUAUAUAUAUAAUAAUACACACACAUAAUAUACCUAUAAAUGCACAAGAUUUCCGUAUACGUUAGCAGCGUUCUUGUAUAAAAACUUAUUUAUUUGCGCACGCAAAUAACGAAGGUAAUUUAUUUAACGAAGAAGAUUUAUUUAUACUCUCGAUAGAGAUAAAUAAGAUAAUGGUUUAUUAUUAACUAAUUUGUUAUUAUUAACUAUUAACGCGAUUAUUUAAUCAUAAUUAAUACCAAAAUAAGUACAAUCGUACAAUACGAUCGUUUGACAAAAAAUAUUAAUAUAUAUAUAUAUAUUAUAUACACAUAUAUAUAUACAUAAUACAUAAUUAUAUAUAUAAUAAUAUAAUAUAUAUUAUAUACAUACAUAUAUAUACAUAAUACAUUAAUAUAUAUAUAUACAUAUAUACAUACAUACAAAUAUUCUAUUCCAUAACAAAUGUCUUACAUAUAAUAUUUGUUAUGUAGUUUAAAAAAAAAAGAAGUAUAAGGCUCGUGAGUAAAAUGAUUUAAACAGCAUACAUCUCUCGUUACUUUCAUUUAUUAAUAAUUUGCGUUUGAACGAUUUUAUAUACAUUUAUAGAUACACGCAACACGCGUAUUUUGCUUGCACGCGAUUCGCUGACUUAAUUAUCUAUGAUUAUAUAAUAUAAGUAUAUAUAUAUAUAAUAACAACAGCCAAUACAGAAAUUUUACUCGUAAUUACUUGAAAAGAUAUAAUCAAUUGUUAUUUAUCAAGCCUUUUAACGAGUAUAAUAACGCAUUCAAAAAAAAUUGCUUAACUUAACGCAUGAUUUACUCACAACUCUGUUUGCAAUAGUCUUUCUUUUUUUUUUUUCAUUAUUUUAUUUAGUUUCCGUGUAACAAACGUGAUAAUUUUUUAGCAAACGGACUCGAUUCCAAAAAUUUUAUUUGAUAGUUUAAAAAAAUUACGCUUGCCAUAAUUAACUUUAUGCAAAAAUAAAAAAAAGAAAUUACAACUGUACGAUUACACGACGAAAGAAACUUUUGAAAUAAUAAAGAACGAUGAGCAUUCACGUUCUUUCAAACGUAUGACUUUAUUUACGCCAAAAUAGCGCAAUAGUGAUAUCAAAUAAUUACUUUACAUUGAUCAAUGUUACAUAUGCAUACACACAGGUGUAUAUAUUUUCUAUAAAUAUAUAUAUUUAUCCGCGUGCAUAUGAUAUGAUAUAAUAAUAAUAUUAAUAUUAAUAAUAAUAAUAAUAAUAAUAAAAAUAAUAAUAUUAAUAAUAAUAUAUAAUAAUAAUAACAUGAGACGUUAAAGUCGUUAAUAUCACGUCGUAAUACAUGUAUGUACAUAUUAUAUUGUUUAUAUAUAAAUAUAUACAUACAUAUAUCCAAUAUACGCAUGUAUGUAUAAAGAAGCUGUGUAUAUAUAAAUAGAAAUACAAUUAUAAAUAUAGAUUAAAAUAUAUUUGGUAUCAAAACCAUUGCAGGGAAAAUAUUUGAAGGAAGAAAACUUAAUAUAUAUAUAUAUACAUAUACAUAUACAUAUACAUAUACAUAUACAUAUACAUAUAUAUAUAUAUAUUGUAAAUCGCUUUGCAUUAUUCUCGCAAUAGUAUGUAAGAUAACAUAAGUGGAUAUGUUUUUUAAUUAACAAAAUGUUUAUAAUAAAAUCAAGCGGAUAAAUAAAGUGAACCUUUCCGUUAAUGAAUUAUACGUUGUAAAAAAUAUUUACGUUUCAUUGUAGGUUAAUAAGUUUCCCUUAUAUCGCAUUCUCAACCUGUUUUUUUUUUUCUUAUUAAUAUUCAUUAAACGUUCAUCUGAUCGAAAAAUAAAAUAUAUAAAGGUAUUUUUCUUUCUCGACUUUUCUUAUGAAGUGUAGUACGCAUCAAGUAACGGUUAGGUACUAUAUAUAUAUAUAUA